AUGUCCGAGUCGCCCAGAUCCGAGAAGUACAUGUACCUGACCAGGUACAGUACUCCGGUACCCGAACUGGAUGAUCACCGCCUGCAGAUGCAGACGCCUCCGCGCAUUGAAGCCCCGAUGGAGCGUUCUUACAGCCCGCGCGAUACCACUCAAGGUCCUGAAAUGCUCGAUCGUCCAGACUUGCUCAGUGCGCAAGAUGUCCUACAGGACGGUCCAAUUCCCCGAGAUUUUGAAAAUGCCGCGGAAGACGAUCGUUCGCUGAAUGAAUUUAAUGGACUCGGUCGGUUCUCGAUCGACCACAACGCCACGUAUCAGACUCCGCGUCGCAUCAGUGUUGUGAACCCGGAACUCGCCAACGCUUCCUGCGCCUCGUCUGUUUCCGCUCGAUCAUCCUCUCCUCCCAAUUCAGUUGAGGCUUUUGCCGACCCACGUCGCCGUGAGCGCGCCAAUACCCUGGACAGCCAUGCGCCUCCCGACCUGGAAGCUAUCCUGCAGCGCACCGUUUCGGGUGGCACCCACAACCGGCGCCCAACUUUCAGCAACGCCAGUGUUGUUCGCCCCCAAUUGGGCGAUGUGCCAUUCGACACAGCAGAGGAGGCCUGCUUUGACGCGCCAGGCCGUAUUCCCGUCAUUGAUUACGAGGAACUCGAGGAGUUUGUGGCUCUGAAUCCGAGCAGUAAAAUCGCCGAUGGCGAUCGCCGCAAGCACAGCAUGAGCUCGCAGAGCAAGAGGCCCCGCAUAUUUUACGAUCUCCGUCCUGGCGCUGAAAGCCCUGAGAUGGGUCCAAUUAAGAAGACCAGCUCAACUGAUACACUGAGUGAACAUGAGAAGAAGGACGCCGAGGUUACGGACGAAAAGGAGCGGGUUCGACCACCCCAUACUACAAACCAGCGUUCCCGCUUCGGGUUCUUUUCGUCCGAGUCUCAAAGCACAGUGCAUGCUGCCGAUUUGGGAGAUCUGGUGCUCCCUGGCGAAACCUUCCGCGAUCUCUUUGAGCUUGGGCCUGAGGGAGGUGUGUGGUGGUUGGAUGUGGUCAACCCCACCGAUGAGGAAUUGGGAGCUAUCUCCCGGGCUUUCUCCAUUCACCCCCUGACAACGGAGGAUAUUCAAACCCAGGAAGCCCGCGAGAAGGUUGAACUGUUCAAGCAGUAUUAUUUUGUCUGUUUCCGGACCUUCUUCCAAAUGGACAAAACCAGCGAGGAAUUCCUUGAGCCUGUCAAUUUCUACAUGGUUGUCUUCCGAGACGGUGUUCUCACUUUCUCCUUUGAGGACAACCCUCACGCAUCCAAUGUCCGGAAACGUAUUGGAAAGCUGCGAGACUAUGUGUCUCUCAGUAGCGACUGGAUUUGUUACGCGAUGAUCGACGACAUCGUGGAUAGCUUCGGCCCCGUGAUUCGGGAUGUGGAAUUGGAGUCCGAGGCGAUCGAAGACCAUGUGUUUAUUGCCCGAGUUGAGGAUUUCGAAUCGUUCCUCCCUCGCAUCGGUGGCCUGCGCAAGAAGGUCAUGAGCUUAAUGCGCCUGCUAGGCGGCAAGGCUGAUGUCAUUCGUGGAUUCUCCAAGCGCUGUAACGAACAGUACUCGGUUACUCCCCGUGGUGAUAUUGGUCUUUACCUGGGCGAUAUCCAGGAUCACGUUGUGACCAUGAUGUCGAACUUGGCGCAUUUCGAAAAGAUGCUCAGUCGGUCGCAUACCAAUUACUUGGCUCAGCUGAAUGUCACCAACUUGGUGUUGGGAAACCACGUCAACAAGGUUCUCAGCAAAGUCACUCUGAUUGCUACGAUUCUGGUCCCCAUGAACCUGAUCUGUGGUCUGUUCGGUAUGAACGUAGAAGUUCCCGGCGCUCACACAGAAGGAUUGGCGUGGUGGUUCGGCAUUCUUGGAGUGAUCGCAGGUAUUGUUGUUGUGAGUUUUGGCCUAGCCCGCUGGCAGAGGCUGGAAGAGGUUUACAGCUGGUGUAUACCACCGCUUGCCUGUGAUAUUUUUAUUCGCCAACUCCAAUUCUGGCCAUUGGCUGUGCAGCGACACCUCCCCUCCUGCUAUCUUACUGCAACGAUUAGCGCGAUCUUUCUUCUUUUCGCUGUCACGGUCGCCUAUGCCGAUGCAUCCGAUGUCCCGGGUACAGAGAACACCUUGAGCCUCCAAGGGGCGGUUCCCAGCGACGGGGCAGGAUUCCCACUUGCGCUGGACUCGUUCAAUGGGCUAGAACUUCGCGACAGUGUCGACGAAGAUGGCGAGUCAAAUGGGCUAGAGCUCGUGCGCAGAUACCCUAAUGUCGCGAAAGCAUUGGGCAACAAUCAGUUCGAGGCGCCGGGCGCGCUCGAGAUCGGCGCUGUCCAGUGGUUCUAUCUGCCCUCGGUUGUGGUGAACGGCAAACACGACCCGAAAGGCGUGGGUCUUCCUGCAUACGUGAAUUCUACAAAUGAAGACGACGAUGACGAUGACUCGACCUAUGAGCUACGGAAACGAGACGGGGACUUCUCGAAGCGAGCGACGACUACGGUCUACUUGUCGCUCACGACCUGCCAAAAACCAUCUACCAACAAGACCGACCUACAAGGCGAGUUCCCGCAGUUGCAAAUGUAUGUGUCGACUUCGCAGAAAUUGCAACAGCCAGGACCGGGCAAAGACGAUUCGCUGCAGGAUAUGCACACUGCCGUUGGCGGGUAUAUUGGAAUCACCUUAGAUACGGACAGCGACGUCUUCGUCGGCAUCGCAGCGCCCAAUUCAACCGACUACACGGGAUAUUACACGUACCAGGUCGCAGCAUCCAUCGAUGCCUUUUUCCAUAAUAUCGUGGACGAUGACCCAAAUUUGUUCUUCAUCGACGCGGACACGUCGGCCGCGCUGCUGGUGACGAACAACUUGACUCAGUCUGCGAAGAAUUCGACAAACUACCAGCAAUGGAUGGACAUCGUCCCUCCGUAUACUAUGUUUGCCCACAAUAUCAACGAUACGGCACUGCAGGGCUUGGAGAAAUCAUUCUGCGCUCUCGAUGCGCUUUCGCAGGUGGGCCGAAUAAGUAGUUCAACCGAGGUUGGCAUGACCAAUCGCGGACUUGGGAAUAAGCCCAAGGAACAAUUCUAUAUCACUGGACUAAACCGAAGUUCAUCGUACAGCGGUCUUCUGGCAAUGGUGGGCAAUUCGACCACGUCCGGAAAUGGCAUCAUCGGCGGCGGCGGUAAGGUAUGGCGACCGAUGAAUUUCACGACCAAAGCAGAGGAGAACUGCGCCGUGCUAUUCAACUUAACCUUCUGCUCAGAAGUCGCAUACGCAGUCCCCUCCAACCCCAAACUAAGCGUCGACAAGCUCCGCACAAUCUACGACGACUACGCCGCCGCCUUCUACCAGAACUUCACCUAUUCCCUCCAACAAAUCCAAUGCAAAACAAGCGAAGAAUCGAUGUUUUCCCUCGCCGUGGACUGCGACGAUUGCGCAAAAGCCUAUAAGCAAUGGCUCUGCGGCGUCACAAUCCCCCGCUGCGCAGACUACAGUAGCAACGCCACGUACCUAGCCGUCCGUAACGCAGGCCAGGCCUUCAUCAAUGGCUCUUCCCUGCCGGAUGACAGUCCGUACCGCCAGUCCGUGGCGUCGAAUACAUCCCGCAAUCCUAUCAUCGAUGAGCAGAUCAUGCCGGGUCCCUAUAAGGAGAUCCUUCCCUGUCAGGAUAUCUGUCAUACCCUUGUUAAGGAUUGUCCCUCUGCCCUUGGCUUCGGGUGUCCUCAGGGCGCGUGGAUGAAUUCUUCCUAUGGCUAUCGGAAUUCAGAGGGUAUUAUUACCUGCUCUUAUCUCGGGGCUGUGUAUUAUUUGAGUCUUGGGGAAAAGCUGGGGGCUAGUGGUUGGGUGACUAGCUUGGUGGUUAUGGGAAUUAUGUAUUUGCUGUAG